AGCCACGACAGAUAUGAAACCAGGCGGUCAUCAUUGGUGCACAAAUGUUGAUAUCAUUCCCACCUAAGCUUUGACUUGGCAAGCGGAGUCACAUUGUGACGAACCCUGUUUUCCACAUUGUUUCAACUCCGAAUUCCCGUACGAACUGACAAUGCACUGUCUUCUAUCAUGAACCAAGAAAUUAUAUAGUUGAGCUAUCAAAUAUAACAAAUUUGGAAUCCAAAGCUUUACCUCCGGCCUUUCCUCUGCAAUCAGACUCUUAGGUUGUGGUGUGAAAUAUAAGCAGCUCAGCGCACCAAAUUGAGAUAUACGUCCGCUGUGUACCCAUUUAAGAAAGUAUCUAUCUUCUGGCGUAUUCGUAAACCGGAGUGGAAUGAAGUGGGUGGGUGGCGAGCAAGUAGUUCGUCUGGAGCCCAGUCGCAUGUAGAUCAGUCCACAGAAGAUCUCUUAAACGAUUGAGCUUGUACCGGCUCAAUAAACUAGUCUCCCGUAUAUUUCUUGCAAUUUAAAUAGCAUACAAGUUGUCUUAUUCUACUAGCCGCCAGAAUGCUGACUACAAAUGUGAAAUCAUGCCCAAGGUUGCGUCGAAGGCAGACAAGAGUUGCCCAUUAGUACUUGCCACAGGCCGGAUUGUAACGGAAACUAAGCUACCCCGCCGGUACUGCUAUCUGCAAUCACAAAACAAGGACGCUGGGGGGCUUGCUGGUUUGUCUGCCGACUAAGAUGGCGAACAGAGCUGGCCCGUGCCAAAGACAACCAAUGCCAGCUCAACGUGGUUGGUGCCUAAACGACCCAGGAGACGCUUCCAGUGAAUCUGGUGUUUGCUUCCCCCUCCAAUACCAUCAUCUAGACUCUAAUAUUACCUCGUUGAAUGCGUCGGGUAUCCAUGUCAGUAUUACCUUGAUCGACACCAAAACUGCGCCAGCAAAAUGUAACUCUGAAGCCGGCAAUGGAGCGGAGAACUAAUAUACUGAAGGCUGACGCCAGUCAAGCAAGCAGAAAUGCUUUUACCGAGCGCAAAUCCGUAAAGGUGGUGUAAUUUCGGAUGCCCCCGUGUCCAUGCUCUACAGCUUUGAGCUCUCCAAGGUGGCGCACGGGUCGGCAACAUCGAGGGCAUAGUAGGGGCACCGUCGGGUCAAACAAUCGUGGAGCUUGCUAAUUGUUACUCUGGUAUAGAGCUUUCGACGGCCAACAUUUCUAAGCUUAAGAAGCACGCAGAUUUUCUUAGGCACGCUGGAGAUGGGCUUCCGGCAGUAUGGGUAGCAGUGGGACAGGGAAGCGGAGGCUUGGGUAAAACGGCGCUGGAAGCUGCCACCCCUUGCGGCGGUGCAUGUCUUUAGCAGGCACUACGGGGCGCUAUAAUUUAGCGGCGUUUGCAGGCUGCAUGCUCCAAGGCUGUGCGCUAGCGUGCCGACUGUUCAGUGGCACUCGGGCUACGGUACAGCGCACUGUAGCUGUUGCACAGACGGAUGCAAAGACGUUCGCCACCGCCUAAACAUCGGCCCCCACUCCCCUGCGCUGGCACUUGUGGCAAGGCGCUAGGCACCUAAUAACAGGCGCUGGGAUUAAAAACUCGGCACACCCUUACUAUGCAACAGGGAGAUGUACUCGUUCGGGCUAGUGAACAGACGGUCAAGAUUGGCUUCUCGCCCGCCUCCCACACCCCACCAACUCAGCAAAUGCCCCUGAGACAUCGUGGGACAUAUGCCGUGGCUAGCACGUCACAGCCAAGUUAGCACACACGCCGCUAUAUCCAACACCCGACAACCGCACACCCUCGUCACUCCAGUUGUUGUUUCUUCGCUACGUUUGUGUCAGUGGGCGCUGAUUCGGCACGGGGAUAUCACUACACGCGCCACGUUUUGGAUUGACAAGCAGUACGCCUGCCAGUGCUUACACUUUCCAACCUGUCCAAAUAAGACGGGCUGUUGCCGUCAAACAAAUAUCUCACUGUCCUGUCUAAUAUUAAGCUUCAUCAUGCCACAUAGCUUCGUCGCUGCUUAUCUUUGAAUCUGGGCACAGUUUGACGUUUCGCUGACGCUCGAUACAUACCGAAAAGCCACACCCCCGCGUUGCCUACAGCCUAGUAGCAUCUUGCUCACUCGAGUAGUAGCUCAAAAAUCUUCAUAAGAAGAUGACUUGGUUAAUUCUGCGAUAUAUACACACCAAAGCCCACUAAAUGCCGUCUUAGUACACUCAAGCUGCCGCCCGCUGUUCACUUUGAAGCACCGAAUAGGUCUCGUUAUAUUCAUUAUUCAUUAGUGAGACCGGGAGAUCUAAGCUUCCUCAUUACGACCAUGUCCUUUCAAUCAAACUUCCUGCGGGAUGGCAACUGGGUUACAGAGACAGUCACUGUACAAGAUGCUUUAAAGCAGCCCACUGCUCAGGCAGCACCGGCUACAGGACAUCACCGACAAGCCCCAACUUGCGGCAUUCUAACGAAGACGGUUGUCGAAAGUCCCAUUGUCCGUUGGACCAUCCCGGUCCGUAUGCGGUCAAACGCACACAAAGAUAUAGCUUUUAUUGGAGUAAGUGGUAUUUGAAUAACACAGCCUCUUUCUCUGUUGGUAGCCAAGAGCAACAGAAUGAACAUUAGUCUCGCGAUACAAAAUGGAAACACCGCCAACCUACAUUCUAACACCCUUCUUAGAGUACAUUUGUACAAAUCAACGAGCUACAGCAUGACGGUCAAAUCCAUGAAGUGCUUCGCAAGAAUGACUUUGGCCAGCGAAUUCGAAAUGCGGUUGCGUACGGAGAUUUUCUGGCACACGAACUAGAAAAUACAUACCCAACAGCAAACGACGAACAUCACGAUGCCCGAGGUCAAAGUGAUUUGCAGAUUCUUGACACUGAUAAAGAUCCGAAUCAUCUACCUCCUCAAUUCUUAGUUCUAUUUAUGGAGUCAGGCGACUGCCUCUUUAUGUUUUUGAGAGAAAACAGCGACUCGACGCUUGAAUUUGUAGUCUCGAGACACGAAAAGGUUCGAUCUAUACCCUGGAUCGGAUUUCAUUUGGCUGUCGAUCCCUCUUGUCGAUAUUUGGCAGCAGCAUCUCCCGACGGCAUCUUGGAAAUCUUCGAAUUGGAGGACUGGCAGACCCUGAAUGAAAAAUAUAUUGCAGACCGUUCGUUUGCACCCAUUCUUCGCAGCCGCAGCCGUACGAUACAAGGCGUUAUACACAAGAUGGAGUUCCUGUACCCUCGGCCAGAAGACCACAAUCAUAUUAUUCUGAUUUUCAUCGUAAUGUCCAAAGGAAAUAGAAAGGGCCAACCAGGCUUUCCAAGCUCAAGACUUGUCUCCUAUGAGUGGGAAGCAGGCGACCAGUUAGCAACAAUUUUUGACCGAGAACAGUCCGGUACACGAUUGCCCGUCGAACACAGCAUGCCGCUGCUUAUUGUCCCGCUCGUGUUUAGGACCUCAUUUCUGGUGGUGUCAGCAGACAUCAUCGGCGUUUGUAAGAACGUACUCGGUGGUUCCCCAGAAUUCGAGUUUCUGCAUGCCGGGGCACCAGAAGCAACCAAAUUCCACCAUGGACGAGAAGAACCGCUGUGGACAGCCUGGGCACGACCGUUUCGCCGCAAGAGCUAUUUCCACACCACCGACAUCAUCCUUGUUGCUCGAGAGGACGGUGUAGUCUUGCAUGUUGAGAUUGAUGGCAAAGAUUUAAUACCAUCGUUUACUACUGCUGGUUAUCUUGAUACGAAUGUUGAUACUGCCUUUACCGCUUCGUAUGACCGAUUUUCAGACGUAAUCGUUGUUGGAGGCGAUUCUGGACCCGGUGGGCUCUGGAAGUUGACGCCACGGGAAGACCUAUCACGGGUGAGCCUAACUCCAAAUUGGUCUCCUGUUAUAGAUGUGGCCAGUACAAAUGAUGAUUUAUUUUGGGAAACCGAUAACCCAGGAAAUAGGAAACAGAAAAGUUCAGACAAACUGAAACAAAAAUUGGCAUCCAAGCCAGAUAGCAUCUUUACAGCCUCUGGCCGCGGCCUUAACGGCACGGUUACGCAGUGGAGAUGGGGAAUGCAAGCAAGAAUAGGGCUUGAUAUUGAAUCUGGAGAACAGAUACGCCAGUCUUGGGCUUUUGCUACAAAAGACAAGAAUUCUAACCAACUUUAUGGGCUACUGGCUCUCCCUCAUUCUUCACUCGUUCUUCACUUCACCGACGAUCUUGAACAAGUACAGGCCGUGUCCCAAGAAGACUCUUUCUUUGAUAUGAGCUCGACAACAGUAUUUGCGUUACAGAGGAAUGACAACAGUAUUGUACAAGUUACAGAGUCAUAUGUCACUAUAGUUCGAGCCAGUCAAAGCUUCAAAACUGCACUAUCGGAACUUAUCGACCAUCCGAACUGGCAAACAUAUAAAGCCUUUGUUUAUGAUGACAUUACUGUUUUGUCGAAAAUCGAAGCCAGCCGCUCUAUAAUUAUUUUACUAAAUGAAGAGAACAACGCCUUCACUAUCGAUACCAAAUGGGAAGCCGAAGGCGAGGUUACUGCAUUAGCCAUCUUCCACAUAGCUUCCAAACCGUUUAUUUUGGCAGCAAUGGCAUUGAAUGGCCAGGCAUGGAUUAUUGUCUAUGCUCUGGAUGGUACCGUUGUUAUAAAACGAGCGCUGAGCAAACGUCCCAGACACGAGCAAGGGAAUGAUUCAAACGAAGCCGAAAACGACGUACUCGAGCCAGCAACCAGUCUAUCUAUUGUACACCAAGACAACUUAGGAGUUGUCUUAGUCCUCGGCACUCGUUGUGGUCACCUUGUCAGCGCUAGUAUUUCACAAAAUAUCCCUGACCGAAUCCGAUGGCGCACAGAAAAUCUUGGAAUAGCGGCAGCCACGGUAUACCCGGCAGCAUAUAGCUUCAACGGAGGGAUAGCCGCGUUUGCUUCCUGUGAUGGCCGCUUGAUAUUAAUGACUAACUUUGAUGAAACGGCUGGAGAAUUCCGCAGGAAGCACCUGAUCUUUGCGACGGAUACGAAUGAUUUGUCUAUGCAAACACCGCCAAUUCACUCUAUGCACAGUCUAAAUCACAGCUUGACCGGCUACACUGGACACAUGUCGCUACUUCUGUUAUCCAAUUCACGGCUCCUUCUAGCAGAUAUAUGGCCUCAUGUUGGCCAGAUACCAAGGACUCUUUUCUUAAACGGCACACCUAGUAGAAUUAUCUACUCCCAUACUUGGAAAUGUCUUAUUGUAGGCAUUAGCCGCAACGAUCGGCCAACCCUUGAUUUCAUUGACCCAGAAACUGGAGUGCAAAUUGCCAAACCGCGAGAUAAGGACGGCAAUGUUGUCAAAGGCGUAUCUGGACUUGGACACACAGGUGACAAGAUAAUGGGGCUGACAGAAUGGACUCACGUAAAGGAUGGCAGAAAUUUUACUUUUCUUCUAGUCUGCACGAGAGACGGUCAUUUGCUGGUGAUAUCGGUGGCAGAGGUGGAUGAAAGGGUUCCCGACUGUGGCCGCCGGGAGCUUAAGUACUGGACGCGCUUCCGCAAAGUACUGGAAAAGCCGAUAUAUUCCAUUGUUGGUGAUGACAACGGCGUGGCAUACUGCGUUGGUAAAACCUUACACUGGGAUGUUUUGGAUCUGGUGGAAAAAAAGCUUAAGCUUGUCAAAACGUAUCAACUGGACAGUCCGGCAACAUCACUCAAGAUUAUGAACGGGAAGAUUGCGGCCGUGACGAGCGGCCAAUCCUACCAAGUUUUUGACCACCGGCGGCCUGGAACGUCAGAGAUGGCUCUCAUCCAUUCCGACACCGUGUCCCGACGUGGUCUUCACACAAUUAACGCUGGAGAUCCAGAAGAAUCUGAAGAAAACUGGCCGAUUACUAUCCUUUCUGACGACAUGCAGCAGGUGUCUGGCAUGUGGACGCCGUGGGACGAACGGGACAGCGAAUUCCACACGGUUUUCAAAGCAAAGCUAGCGUCGAGAAUCAGGAAGUUUGUUUGCACUCGCACGCGGGCACCAUGGUUGCAAGCAAGCCGAGCAAAACAAUAUGGUAUCAAAAAAAGCAGCACCGGGAAUGGAGAGGUCCUUGGAAUCUCGCUGGAUGGGUCGACGCACCAUCUGACUCUUCUCUCACUCGCUACCUGGCGGCUCUUACGAUUUUUAGAAAACUGCGUGUACAAGAACGAAGACUUGUACGACUUGACGGUUCCCAGCAGAGCAAAUCUGAUUGCUGCAGAAGAUGGGGAGUGGAUUACAGACCCUGACGAGUAUCGUGACUCAAUGCAUGUGAAUGGGGACUUUCUGCAGCUCUGCCUGGAGAAGCGGAAUCUGGAGGAGGUACUUGGGACGGGUGAUGACUGUGACAUGCUUUUUGGGUGCUUGGAUAACAUUGAGGACGGCCGGUGGACAUCCGUGUUCAAGACGGUAACCGAUGCAGACGAACGACGGAGACGCUAUUUUGCACUGGCGUAUGAUGUGCUUGAGUAUGCGCUGGAGCCAGUUCUAUGAAAGCUAGCAACCGAGAGAGAUUGCGGCUAGGUGUGAUGAUUUAAUAUGAUGAUUGAGCAUAGAGACAUGGAAAUGAAGCAUGAAAAGUCUAGAAAUAAAUUUUGC